AUGCAUUUCAAAAUAAUAUUAAAAAAAAGACAAAUCCAAAACCUAACUGGAGAACCAAUAAAUCAAUUUCGCCAAUGUAAAAAAUUUAAAUUCAAUACAAAUUUUCAAGAAAUAGAAAAUCAAACAGCAGAAUUUAAAUUAGAUCAAUUAAGACAAGAGAUAUUUCAACUCCAACAAUUACUAAAACAAUUGUUAUCAAAUUGUAUAGAUUAA